AUGGCUACCACCAACGAGCUCCCCGCCGUCGAUGUCAACAGCUACGACUACAUUGUCGUGGGUGGUGGCACCGCCGGCUGCGUGAUUGCCUCGCGCCUCGCCCAGUAUCUCCCCAACAAGCGCACUCUGGUCAUUGAGGGUGGUCCCAGCGACUUCAUGGACGACCGCGUCCUCAACCUCAAGGAGUGGCUCAACCUCCUCGGCGGCGAGCUGGACUAUGACUAUCCCACCGUCGAACAGCCCAUGGGCAACAGUCACAUCCGCCACUCUCGCGCCAAGGUCCUCGGUGGUUGCUCUAGCCACAACACCCUGAUCUCCUUUCGUCCCUUCGAGUAUGAUUGCCGUAACUGGGUUGCCAAGGGCUGCAAGGGCUGGGACUUCGAGACCUUCACUCGUCUGAUCGAUGGCCUGCGCAACACCAUCCAGCCCGUUCACGCUCGCCACCAGAACCAGCUCUGCAAGGACUGGAUCCAGGCCUGCGCCGGUGCCAUGAACAUCCCCGUCAUUGAGAACUUCAACGACGACAUCCGUAACAAGGGUGAGCUGACCGAGGGUGUUGGCUUCUUCAACGUCUCCUACAACCCCGACGAUGGCCGCCGUAGCAGUGCCUCCGUCGCCUACAUCCACCCCAUCCUGCGCGGUGAGGAGAAGCGUCCCAACCUGACUAUUCUCACCAACGCCUGGGUGUCCAAGGUCAACGUUGAGGGUGACACCGUCACCGGUGUUAACGUCACUCUCAAGUCCGGCGAGAAGCACACCCUCCGCGCCAAGAAGGAGACCAUCCUGUGCGCUGGUGCCGUCGACACUCCUCGUCUGAUGUUGCUCUCCGGUCUGGGUCCCCGCGAGCAGCUGUCUUCACUGGGAAUUCCCGUCGUCAAGGACAUUCCCGGUGUCGGCGAGAACCUGCUCGACCACCCCGAGUCCAUCAUCAUGUGGGAGCUGAACCGCCCCGUUCCCCCCAACCAAACCACCAUGGAUUCGGAUGCCGGCAUCUUCCUCCGCCGCGAGGCCCCCAACGCCGCCGGCUUCGACGGCCGCGCCGCCGACGUGAUGAUGCACUGCUACCAGAUCCCCUUCACCCUCAACACCGCCCGUCUGGGCUACGACGAGCCCAUUAACGCCUUCUGCAUGACCCCUAACAUUCCCCGCCCCCGUUCUCGCGGUCGUCUCUACUUGACCUCCGCCGACCCCUCCGUCAAGCCCGCUCUGGACUUCCGCUACUUCACCGACCCAGAGGGCUACGAUGCUGCCACCAUUCUCGAGGGUCUCAAGGUUGCCCGUAAGGUCGCCCAGCAGGCUCCCUUCAAGGACUGGAUCAAGCGUGAGGUCGCCCCGGGUCCCAACGUGACCUCCGACGAGGCUCUGUCCGAGUACGGCCGUCGCGUGGCUCACACCGUGUACCACCCUGCCGGUACCACCAAGAUGGGUGACGUCGCCCGCGACCCCAUGGCCGUCGUUGACCCCACCCUGAAGGUCCGCGGCCUGAAGGGCGUCCGUAUCGCCGAUGCCGGUGUCUUCCCUGACAUGCCCUCCAUCAACCCCAUGGUGACCGUCCUGACCAUUGGCGAGCGCGCCGCCGAGCUCAUCGCCGAGGAGGCCGGCUGGACCCGCUCCCAGCCCCGUCUGUAA